GGAGAACUUUUCCCGCGGUGAAGCUGUUGCAGCGUGAUGCGUCGGGAUGGAGGAGGCGGAGCACACUCACUACGUCGCCCAGCUGAAGGCGGAGUUCGACAGCUGCGACACGACAGCCACCGGCUUCCUGGACAGAGACGAGCUGACGGCGCUCUGCCAGAAGCUGCAGUUGGACGCUCACCUGCCGCUGCUGCUGGACACACUGCUGGGCGAACGCACCUACGCCAGGGUGAACUUUGAGGAGUUUAAAGAAGGCUUUGUCGCCGUCCUGUCUCGCUCCCUGGACUUCAGCACAUCAGAGGACGACAGCAGCUACCUGGAGCCAGUCGUUCCAGAGGAGGUGAAGCCGAAGUUCGUGAAGGGGACCAAGCGCUACGGCCGACGCUCCCGUCCUGACAGUAAAUAUGGCGCCGCGCUGACCUGCGACUCGGAGGACUCGCCACCGUCCAGGACCGAGGCCACGGACUCGUCACCGGCCGGCGUCCGCAGAGCCAAACUGAGGCGGUCCACGUCUCUGGAGAGCGUCGAGAGCCUGAAGUCCGAUGAGGAGGCAGGAAAUCUGAGGGACAACGUCCAGCCAGACUUUCAGUCUAAAGCUCCUCAGCAGGAGGAAGUGGAGCAGGGGAUAGUCAGAGGAGGAGCAGCAGGUGCAGGGGUCCAUGUCCUGACGGCAGUUUGUGAUCACCUGGGCCUGCAGCAGCUAAACACAGAGGAGCUGGACUUGCUGCUCAGAAAGUUGGAUGCCGACCUGGACGGCAGAGUCAGUAUCAGGGAUUUCCAGAAGGUUCUUUGUGGCUCCGCCCCCGUCUCCUGCUCCACCCCAGUACGACCUGCUGACCUGAGGAGGGCGCUACACGGGUCUCAGUCGGUGUUAGAGGAGCGCUCGGCUCGCUCCACCUCGCCCUCCCUGCUGACGGCCACCGUGGGUCAACGAAUCCUCAGCCGGCUGGACGACGGCUCAGGAUGCACCAGCCCCGAGCAGGUCAUCGGCCUCUGGACCGAGGAGGGCAUCAGGAACAGCCGGGACAUCUUGCAGACCCUGGACUUCCCUCUGGAGGAGCGUCUCAGUCUGGCCGACCUGACUCUGGCUCUGGACAACGAGCUGCUGGUCGGCGGGAACGGCAUCCACCAGGCGGCGCUCAUCUCCUACAAGAACGAGAUCCAGCACCUGCAGGUAGUGGCGGAACAGGCCUGCAGGGAGCGGGACAAGGUGAAGGCAGACCUGGAUCUGGCCGAUCAGAGGAACCUGCAGCUGGUCAGAGAAGUGGACGACCGCCACGCCAGCAUGGAGACGCUGAACCAGAGCAGGAUCAGGGACCUGGAGCAGGACUUCCGUGAUAGGCUGACGGCUCUGCGCAGUCAGUCAGAGCAGGAGAGCGAGGCGCUGCUGCAGCAGGUGGAGAGAGAGCGAGACGCGCUGCAGGAGGAGCUACAGCUGCUCAGAGCGCAGGAGGCGGAGCUUCAGGAGGACCUCUGCAGUGUCACACAGGACAACAGUCGUCUGGAGGAGGAGCUCAGCUCUGUGAAGAUGAAACUGACUGAAGCAGAAAGUUCAGUCAACAAACUGCAGAGAGACCUGGACCAGCUGCUGCACGACAAGUUUGGCAGCUUGGACCCGGCCGGUGCUGGUCUGAGUCACGAGGAGCGAUUCUCUGAAAUCGUCAAAGAGUAUGAACUGCAGUGCAGGGAGCUGCGGGACAGAAAUGAUGAGCUGAGCUCAGAGGUGGAGCUGCUGAAGAGUCAGAGGAGCGACAGGAAGUCCGGGAGACCAGAAGGAGACACUGCCGCUCUGAACUGGACUGAACAACGGGCCGACAGCACCGAGCCCGACUCUGACGACUCGGACAUGAAGCGCAGCUCGUCUCCUCUGGUGAGGAAGAAACUACAACCUGUUGAUGAAACUGCUCUGGGGUCUCUGGACAGGGUCUCUGGUCCUGCCGUCAGUAUCCAGACUGAACUGGCUCUGGAGCAGCUGAAGCAGAAACACAACCAGGAGCUGCAGCAGCUGCACAUCCAGCUGGAGACACAGGUGAACUACUACGAGCGCAGUCUGGAGCUGAUGAGACAGAGCAUGGAGGUGGAGCGUAAAGACAUCUCUCAGGCCUUCAAGCUGGAGAUCAGUGAGCUGGAGGAGCAGAAGGCUCAGGUGGAGCAGCAGGUGAAGCAGCUGAAGGACGCUCUGGACAAACUGCAUACUCAGAUUCAGCGAGGAGGAGGAGGAGGAGGAGGGUGGAGUAAUGAGCAGGAGCGCAGGGUGCAGCGGGAGCGGGCAGAGCUGGAGCAGAACUUUGCCAGAGAGAUCAGUAACCUGGUCCAGAGGCUGAGCUCUGAGAAGGAGCAGCUGGAGGCCGAGCUGAGGCUGAAGAUGGACCAGGAGGUGAUGCUGGUCAGGACUCAGCUGGAGGAGGUCCGAUCAGAGAACGGAGCUCUUCAGGAGCGACUGACUGUCCUGCAGCAGGAAGUGCAGAACCUGGAGGAAGACGUCUCCAAGAAGAGGAGGAAACUGGAGGAGAUGGAGAGAGAACACGAGAGGAGCAGAGAAGAAGAAGAGAGGCUGCACAAAGAGAACUGUAAGUAUCGAGAGGAGGUCCUGGAUCUGAGCAGCAGGAACCUGCAGCUGAGCAACGACAACACCGAGCUCAGCACCCGUCUCCGUGGAGAUCAGGAGUCAGCCCGGAUGCUGCGGGAGCGCUUGGCGACCGUCUCCAAGGAGCAGGAGGAGGAGGGGGCUACGGUGCGGCGGCUGCAGGACGCAGCGAUGCAGCAGGACAGAGAGAAGCUGCAGCAGCAGACGGCGUGGACGCAGGAGAGACAGCUGCUGGAGACAGAGCUCAGCUGCUGCAGGGACAAGCUGCAUCGUCUGUCGGAGGUGGAGGCGGAGCUUAGCACGGUGACGCUGAAGCUUCAGUGGCUGGGGGAUGACAAGGCAAAACUACUGAGAGAGGCCGACGAGCGAAACAACAAGGUGGAGAACCUGCAGCAGUGUCUUCUCUCUCUGGAGUCGGAGGCGGAGCUGCUUCGCUCUCAGCUCCACGUCGUCAGUCAGGAGAAACUCAGCCACGCCCAGGAAGUGACUGACCUGCAGAGGAAGCUGCAGGACGCUCACAACAAGGUGGAGGAGCUGGAGAACGGCGUCAGGAAGCUGAUGAAGGAGAAGGAGGAGCUCUGUCGGGCCCAGGAGGAGCAGGAGGAGCAGGCCUCCAUCACCCUGCAGGAGGAGAUCCGCAGACUGAGAGUCCAGAACCAGGAGCUCCAGAACAAGCUGUUGGAGCUGCAGGUCCAGGGUCUGGAGGUCCACAAUCUGACCCAGGAGCAGCAGAACCUGAAGACCGAAGUGAGGGAGCUGGAGACGGCCCGGAUGCAGGCGCAGGACCAGGCGGCGCGGGCCGACACGGCGCUCAGUCUGGUGCAGGCGCAGCACCUGCGGCAGCUGCAGCAGCUGCGGGAGCGGAUGGGGGAGGGACGCAGGGAGGAGGUGGAGCUGCUGCAGGUCCGGCUGGAGGAGGAGCAGAGGAGGAGUCAACAGCUGGAGGAGACGCUGAGGCUCCAUGCCCAGCAGAGCAGCUCUCAGAUCAGCAUCAAGCAGGAUCAGUAUGAGAAGGCCCUGGCCUCCCUGCAGCAGAGGAUGGAGGACCUGGAGACCAAACUGAAGGGGGUCCGGAUGGUUCUGCAGGAGAAAGUGCAGCAGCUCAAAGAGCAGCUGGUGAAGAACAACAAGUCUGCCGCGCUGCUCAAGGAUCUGUACGUGGAGAACUCUCAGCUGAUGAAGGCGCUGCAGGUCACCGAGCAGCGGCAGAAAAACGCAGAGAAGAAGAACUUCCUGUUGGAGGAGAAGGUCGCCGCCCUCAACAAGCUGCUGAGAGAAAUUGUCCCCGCCUCACUCGCCACGUAGCUGAACAUCCAAUCAGCAGCUGGCCUGAGAUCAGCUUCACUGAAGCAGCUUCAAGCCUGUGUGGUUAGCCUAGCUUAGCACAAAGACUGGAAGCAAAGGGAAACUGUUAGCAUAGCCUCCCUAAAAACAGAAUAACAACAAACACACAGAUCUGAGACCUGCUCUGACACACGACACACACUCAGAAAAAUCUGAAGUGGCACAAAUAAAACUGAAAAAAAAAAACAUUAUUUCGAGGAAAAGGUUCAAAUAUUUCAAGAACAAAGUCAAAACUUUAUGAAAAAAUCAAUUUCAUGAGUAAAAACAAAUUUGGACGUAAAAUUAUUGAAGGAGAAAAGCAACAUUUCAAAAUAAAUUCAUAUUUCGAGAGUAAAAUGGAGACGCUUGUUUUGUUGUGUUAAACCACUCAGGGCAAAGGUCACCUGACACCUGUCUGAUGUAAAGUUAUGACUCAUUACGAAAUGUUUUGUUGUAAAAUUAAGACUGCAAAUAUUAUAAUAUU